AUGUUAGAGGCACUAUUUAGGAAUUCUGUGGAAGAAGCCGUGAACGACUCCAUUAAGCAGGGUGUUCUCAUGGCCGUUUACAGCACUGAAGGGGAUGAUCAAUGGUUGGAAAGUUGGUUCAAGGAAGAUGACGUCGCAUUGGAUGCUUUAGCGGAACAUAGUAUUUGGUUGAAAUUGGUUAAAGGUAGUGUGCAGUUCCAGUUAUUUGAGCAAGUGUUUCCUAAUGUGGUCGUACCCAGUGUGUACUUGAUACGUGCUGGGAAGAUAGAAUUGAUAAUUCAAGGCAAGAAUGACCGACAUUGGGAGAAACUGUUGGCGUGCUUGGGCGUCAAAAAUAAGAAGUCUGAUGAGAUCUUGUCCAGGCAAACCAAUCCAGGUUUGGCCAAAGAAACAGAGUCCCCCAAAAAUGCUCCAAAGAAAAAUGCAAGGGAAAGGGUUGCGGAGACCACCCUAGAGAUCCAACGCAGGGAACAACUAAAACAGAGGAAGUUAGCUGAAGAAGAAAGAGAAAGAAUUAUAAGACUUGUCAGGGCAGAUCGUGCAGAAAGAAAAGCCCUAGAUGAAACGCAUCACCGGACUCUUGAUGAUCAAAAGCCAUUGGAUGUUCAUGAUAACAUAAAGGACAUACGGAAAUUACACAGCAGCAAGUGUAUCCUGCAGAUUAGAAUGACUGAUGGUAAAACUGUGAAACAUGAGUUUGACUCAUCAGAAACAUUAAAUUACGUUAGAAAAUGGGUGGAUCUCAACAGGACCGAUGGAGAUUGCCCGUAUUCAUUUCAUAGGAGCAUUCCUAGAGUGACGUUUAAGGAUUCCGAUGAGCUGAAGACGCUAGAAGCGUUGGAGCUAACCCCUAGGUCAGCCUUGUUACUUAAGCCACUGGACAGUCCAAAUUCUAAGCUAGUUGUGACUGGGAUGGAAGGACCAGGCCUUUUAGAUCGUCUCUAUAAGGGUUUCUCUACAUGGUGGCGUAGUAAUGGAGAGCAUGAAAUAACAUCGCAACAAGAGGGAACACAUGAGACUAAUCAUCACGAAAUCAGAUCCUCUCCACCAGGCCGCUUUCAACACGUUAACGUUCGGGAAUCUGUUCAAUCUCCUGAGAAUUCAUCACCUAUGCUGACACCUAGUGUAACAAGAUACCCAUCAGAAGGUAAUUUAAUUACAUCGCGUUCUGUAUCACCAAAUGUUUUUCAAUUUGUUAACAAUGAUCAUCAAGAUGAUCCUGAAGAUCCAAAGACCUUUAAUGGCAACAACGUUCAUUUAGAAAAGAACAAAGACGAAGAUAAAGAUUAA